GGGGUAGAAGGAAGGCCAGAAAGUGAAGGAUGCCUAAAAAGAAGACAGGUGCUCGCAAGAAGGCUGAGAGUCGAAAAGAACGUGAAAAACAGAUAAGAGCUUCAAGAGGCAACAUAGAUUUGGCAAAACAUCCCUGCAAUGCUUCAAUGGAAUGUGAUAAAUGUCAAAGGCGGCAGAAAAAUAGAGCAUUUUGCUACUUUUGUAGCUCAGUUCAAAAGUUACCCAUCUGUGCACAGUGUGGGAAAACAAAAUGUAUGAUGAAAUCGUCAGACUGUGUCAUAAAACAUGCUGGUGUGUACAGCACUGGUCUUGCAAUGGUGGGCGCUAUUUGUGAUUUCUGUGAAGCCUGGGUUUGCCAUGGUAGGAAAUGCCUCAGCACACAUGCUUGUAUCUGUCCUCUGGCAGACGCAGAAUGCAUUGAGUGCGAGAGAGGAGUCUGGGACCACGGUGGCAGAAUAUUCAGCUGUUCCUUUUGCCAUAACUUCCUCUGUGAAGACGAUCAGUUUGAACAUCAGGCCAGCUGCCAGGUUCUAGAAGCCGAGACCUUUAAAUGUGUUUCCUGUAAUCGACUUGGGCAACACUCAUGCCUCCGUUGUAAGGCUUGUUUCUGUGAUGAACAUACCCGGAGCAAGGUUUUCAAACACGAAAAGGGACGUGAGCCUCCCUGCCCAAAGUGUGGGCAUGAAACGCAGGAGACCAAAGAUCUGAGCAUGUCGACACGCUCGCUCAGAUUUGGCCGACAGACUGGAGGUGAGGAUGCCGACGGGGCUUCUGGCUAUGAUGCCUAUUGGAAGAACCUCUCUACUGGCAAAGAUGGAGAUGCUGGUGAUCAUGAUGAGGAGUAUGAUGAAUAUGAAGCAGAAGAUGAUGAGGAAGCUGAUGACCAUGAGGAAGGAGGGAAGGAUUUGGAAACGGAGGCUGCUGACUUAUUCAGCAACUUGAAUUUAGGAAGAACCUACGCCAGCGGCUAUGCGCACUAUGAGGAACCUGCUGACUAAGGCUGCAGUCCUAAGCACUCGUAGGAGGUGGCAAGUCCCCUUGAACAUUGUGGGACUUAACUUCUAGGUAGACAUGUUUAGGAUCUGGCCAUAAGCCCAUGCUUAUGGUGACAUUAUCAUUUGAAAGGAGCUGUGUGUAUAGUUAGUGAUUUUUAGUAUGGUGAGCACUGGAAUAACUGGUAGACUUUCAAGUAGCAAAGCUUACUGGGAACGAAAGGGAAUAGAGAUUCUAUAGGAGAUCAAAAUGUGUAUGGAUACUAAAGGGAAGGACUGGUGAGCAAAAUGGAUUUGGGGUCGCAUUGGUUUAGGC